UGUAUUUCCUGCAUCGCGUCAGGGUCAUUCAGAAAGCACCGAUUUAUCGCAUGGUUGGUAUUGAUAAUGGCAGGAGUGCCACUUGUUCCUUCCUCUUUUCGUGUAUAACCUAAAUUGGCGAAACUCGGAACCUCACACGUUGAAGACAGAUUCGGCCAAACUAGAUAGGAAGGUCCAGGCAUGAAGUCUUGCCAGUAUCUUACAAGGGAUCAUGCGAUACCUUCGCUCUUCUCUCCGACAAAGCAUCAGCGGCAUCUCUUUCAACCCACCAUUUGCUGCAACACGUUAAGGGUUGGCUGGACUGGCUUGAGUGUUUAGCGGUCAUUCGAUCUGGGUAAUCAUGAGCUCGAAACACCAUCGAUUGGACCUCAGUCGUUUCAAGCGCUACCACAACACUUCCGACUCUUCGAGCAAUUUGGAUCCCAUAAUCCCGGUCCUCGAGUCUCCUGUAAUGUUCCACGCGAUGAUGCCUGGGACCGUAUCAGAAGUAACUCUGAAGCAGAAGUCCAGUUUGGAGAGAAACCCUAUCAUCCCCUCGGUGUUCAUCGACGAGGCAGAAGAGGAAGAGAGCACGGUUCCGGAAAUGAAAUCCCGUCCAUCGACAGAUACAAAGCCCCCUCGCCUGGUGAAUAAAAGCUUCGAGGAGGAGCCGGCUUCUCGAGUGAAGACUCGAUAUUUCGAGGAUGCAUUCAGCGCUCGUGGGCCGAUGGUGUCACCGAGGACCCGGAUCAAUCAAGAGUCGAUCGUUGUAGUGGAUAUUAAGUACAAUACCAGGAUCAAGGAUAACGAAACUCUCGUCUCACAAAUUACGUCUCGCCUCGCACAGGUCUACCAGAAACCCACCCCUUUCAUGAUGGUCACACUCCAGCAGAAUGCAUGUAUCCAAUUUGGCGUCUUGGGAUCGCCGGCUUAUUUGAUGAAGAUAUAUGCGCUGCCAUACCUUAUAGCCCCGAUUACAAACCUCCGCAGCACCAUCCUGAUUCAGUCGGCCCUUCAAGAUUUGCUUCAAGUCCCCCCAAACCGCGGUGUGGUUCUGUACAUCCCUGUUCAUGAGGAAAACUUUGCAAACAACGGGGUGACUGUUAUGGGUGAAAUUGCCCGGCUGGAGCGUUAUGAUCAGGAGACAGGGAUUCUCAAAAACAUCUCGCGAUCGAUGACUCGAAGACUGAAAUCUAGCAGUGUGACGACUUCUUCCUCGUGGGGAUACGGACAUAGAUCUCGAGAAUCAACUGCUGCGUCUGCAUCAGGGCACGAGCACCAAGACAGCGAGCUUUCCGCUGGCAGAGAAGACGGAAGGUCCUGGUCUGUCAAGAAGGCACACGAUCUGGGACGCCUGCUUUCGCGCAGACGAUCGGUUCCUGGAUCUUCGGACAAUGUUUAGUGACGCAUUUCUCUCCUUUUCUUCUUUGAUGUCCUGGAUGGAAAUUCCUGCACUUUAUUCUUUGGGUUUUAUGACAAAAAGACAAAAGGCGUGCAUAUCAAUAGAUGUUGUA